CUUUUUAAAUGGGUUGCAAUAUAUUAAUUAAAACUUCCCUAAUAAAAAAAUGGCGGCACCCAAGUGCCGCCAAAAAUCUUGUGGAUAUUAUGAGUUUGUUAAGUUGAAUUCUUGAAUGAUGAAGCCAAUACGCUUUUAUAGAUAACGAUAAAGUUGUGAUUAAUUAUUAUAAGAUGAUUGGUCGACGCUGCGCUCUCAUUGCUCUCGGUGGGCUUUUGCUGCUUGUUUUGACAGUAAACGUAUAUUUUGUACGAAUGAUAAUUGAAGACUCUCCUCAUAAGCAUAAUACUAAAUAUCCAGAAGACUCUGAUAUUAACAAAUCACACGAAGAGGGACCCACUGUUACAAAGAUGAAAAUUAAAAAGGUUUCCAAUGUCCGUAACUCGUCAAUUAAUGCAGAAAAGAGAAUUAAAGCAGAAAUUAAAACGCUGUCGUCCAUGUACUUCACGCCAAAUGCCAACCAUAUUUUACUUUUGGAUCGAUUAUUAGCAGAGCUGAAGAUAAUGCCAAAUGUACAGGAGGACAUUUGGAUUAUACCUCAAAGUAAUUGGCCAGACGCCGAUCACAUAAUUCCACCUAUAGCUCCUGAACUUGGGACCAUUUUACAUGCUCUAAGAACUUCCAAAAUCACAAAGGCAGAAAAUGCAUUAAUGGGAACUCAACUAAAACUGAUGCUUACUCUAAAUCAUGGAAUCAAAGCAUUGUUCAAGCCAAUGUGGUAUACCAGAGAUACACUAAUAAAAGGUCCAGUAUAUCAUGGAAAGGACAGGCACAAUGCGGAAGUUGUUGCUUUCCACUUGUCUUCUCUAUUGUCUUUCAGACGGGUCCCUAUUUGUGUCAUACGAAAAUUGAAACUUGGUGAGGAGAUAAGAAAACAGGCAUCAACCGAGUUACUCAAUACCAUGUACCAGGAAGGGAACAAUAUUUGUUUCUAUGGAGUAUGUCAUUACUGUUCACCUGAAGAUCCAAUUUGUGGCACAGAUGAUUUGUUAGAAGGUGCACUGAUUCUAUGGUUGCCAAAUGACUUCCAACUUUCCAAACAUCGUCAUCCUUGGCAACGAACUUACAAAAGAAACAAAGCUGCUGCAUGGGAGAUGGAUGACAACUAUUGUGAUAAGGUCAAGAGGACAAAAACCUAUUCAGUUAAAUCUUCUAGCAGAUUGCUAGAUUUAGUGGAUACAGCAAUAUUUGAUUUUCUCAUGGAUAAUGGGGAUCGUCAUCACUAUGAGCUCAUUGAAGCUAACAUUCAUAAUCCGGCGGUUCUGCUUAUUGAUAAUGGAAAAAGUUUGGGGGAUCCAGAUGUCGAUCAUUUUGACAUAUUAGCACCUCUGUAUCAGUGCUGCCUCAUUCAUAAUACAACGUGGAAUCGACUAAAACUACUAAGUAGUGGUGCUUUGAGCAAAUCCUUAAGACAACUUUUGGAGCAUGAAGCAAGAUUAGCUGGUGUUUCUCCUCUGAUCACAGAUGCUCACUUGAAUGCUAUGGAUAGAAGACUCUUAGCCGUCUUUGCAACAGUGGAGCAUUGUUUGAAGCAAAACAAGUAUCCGUCAAGUGUAAUCUUGGACCACAGGUAGUUUGAUAAUCAGUUUAAAGACAAGAAGAUCUAGGUUGAGACGAAAAAUUCCGAACAGCACGGGAAAAAAUGACGCAGAAUAGCUUUCAUAAUCAAAGUCGAAAUUUUUAGCAAACUAUACACAGUUUUCUACUAUGAAGUCGAAAGAUAUUCUAUUCUGCGUAUUUUAUUGUCAAGAUGCAGUCUUAGAAUGCUUAGUAUGCUACAUCCUACGAACAUGUGGUAUAUG